AAGCAGUACCGCGAGUCCUACAUCAGCGACACCCUGGACCUGGACAUGGAGCAGCUGGAGAAGCGCUCACGGGCCAGCGGCAGCAGCGCACACAGCAUCCGGCACAAGCGCCUCUCCCGGCACUCCACCGCCAGCCACAGCAGUUCCCACACCUCAGGCAUCGAGACCGACCCCAAACCCAGGGAGAUGGGGCCCGAGGAUGGUUUUUCGGGUGCCGGUGCCCACCGCCAGCUGAAGACCUGCAAAAUCGAGAUGCUGGUGGAUGACCCCCGGGAGCUGGAGCAGGCUGGCGAGAUGGAGGUGAGCCCCGACAUGUGCGUCUACAUCACGGAGGACAUGCUGCUGUCGCGCAAGUUCAACGGGCACUCGGGACUUAUCGUGAAAGAGAUCAGCUCUUCCACCUCCAGCUCCUCGGAGACGGUGGUGAAGCUGCGGGGACAGAGCACCGACUCCUUACCCCAGACGACGUGCAGGAAACCGAAGACAUCGACGGACCGGCACAGCCUGAGCCUGGAUGACAUUCGGCUCUACCAGAAGGACUUCUUGCAGCUGGCCAACCUCUGCCAGGAUACGGCCCAGAGCUACACCUUCGGCUGCGCCCACGGGCUGGAGGAGGAAGGGCUCUACUGCAACGGCUGCUUGGCCCAGCAGUGCAUCAACAUCCAGGAGACCUUCCCCGUCAAAAGAACCAGCAAAUACUUCUCCUUGGAUCUCACCCACGACGAAGUCCCCGAGUUCGUCGUCUGA